CAAAAAUGAUCUAUUUUUAAUUGAGUAUUGCUCUAAACGGUAAUAAUAAAUAAACAAACAAAUAUUAAGAUCGAUCAUAAAGUAACCAAAAACGCUUUUUCGCGAAUAAAAGGCGAAGCAGGGGAAGCAGGGUGAAAAAUUAACUUUGGGAAAAGUGAGGCACAUUCUUUACCAAAAUGGAGCUAACUUACUGAGUGAAUAUAUGCAAUUAUUACAAAUUUAGGAAUCGAUAUUCAAAGAUGGAUUUCAAAAGCACAUUCAAUUGCAACGGAAAAGUGAAUAUAAAUGAUUGGCAAUUAAGGAGUUCAAGUUUAGCUAUAAAAGAAUUGGAGAACAUUAGUUUUCCAAAACGAGAUAAUUCCUUUUCAGAUGUCCAGGUCAAACUUUUUGACUGUCCUGUGCCAGGUGCUACGGCGAUUUUAAAUCUUAAACACUUUAUUAACUGCAUGGAAAUGACUCUAAAACAAUUCAACCGAAAGGAAAAAUACAACUAUGCAAAUCAAUUUACUGCAAAAACCAAUGAGACGGAUUUUUAUUCCCUGAGAAAAAAUGUCAGUGAAUUUGUUACGUAUGUGCGCACAUAUUUGAAUAGUAUUAGGUGGAAUAGUCACUCACUAAAGGAAAUUAGUAAUGAAAUUGAAGAAGACUUGGAGGAACUUUUGAGUACAAUCCGAAGGUUCUGCAGUCGAUUGCAUACCAUUCCAGACUCAAUGUUUCAUUAUGCCGCCUCUCAUCUCGGAAACAAAUGUACACAACCAGAAUUUCAUGUAUAUCACAUGCAUCUGGAAUUAAGGUGGCUCUAUGUAAUCUUGAUUCACGCUCGUAGCACUUCCUGGCAAAAUAGUUCCAAUGAUCGCUGUGAAGAAUUAAGUGAAACUCUCGAGUUGGUUAUCAAUGACCUGGUUUAUAUGUCCAUGAAAAUGUUCGCGAGGAUUCCUUUGGCGGAUUUGAAAGUAAAAACGCCUUACAGUUGUAGCUGCGUUAGAGAAUUGUGGCUAAUGAUGCAAAUUCUCAUCGACGAUCUUGCGUCGAAAAUUAAGACAAAGACCUUUUGGGGUUACGUCAAUUUAAUUUUGAACGACGUUUUACUCAAAAACAGGACUGAAGGAAAAGCAGCUUGGCAUGCAAAUGUAGGAAACAAUUUACCAGACUGCAAGAACCCUCAAUUGUUUUCCACUUGGUUGAUUUUUCACAUGACAUUAUUGUAUGGAUACAAUACGGAUGGUGUCUACCUGCAGGCUGGUUCCUCUCGGAUCCGAGAAAAUUACGAGCAAUUAGAGAAAAUUUUGAAAGCCUAUGUCAGCAAAGGGGGAAAAGAUGGAGAAAGGGAUGAAAUCGAUGAGGAAUUGCGAGUUAUGAUCCCUUUAUUGCGAAUUAUUACAACUGAAUGGUGGCAGCCUCGGAUCCACAUUAUUUCAUUUUUGUGGGACUGUUUUCACAGAAGACUCGAUCAACCAUUCCUUUUACAAACUUCUGGGCCUUGGUGCAUAUCUCUCGAAAAGAAAACGCCAGCUGAUAUUUUAAAACAGACAAGAGAGAGAUUGGAAAACGAUCUUGAACAGAAUAAAGAAUCUAGUUAUGGAAUGUUUCUACGUUUUCUGGGAACAUUUUUAAGGAAAAACCAGAACGAUCUUAAGUACUGGAAUCAAAUGAAGGGAAGAAUAUUCUCUAAACUGACAAAAGGCAAAGUCCAAACUUUUUCUGAAGCCGGAAUGUACAAUUUCAUUUCUCUAUUUUUAACUCUUGCUGUAACGGUUGAUACCGAAAGUGUUUGUUCUGUGAUGCUGGAUUUGCUUCCAUCUAUCUCUGAGAGUAUUAACGUCGAUGGAAAAAAAUGUAACUUAAUCUGGAAAGGACAAUUGACUGUCUUGCUUUUGUACAAAGAACAGAAAAUUAAUUUUUCCGGAUUAUCAGAUACUUUCACAGACGUGAUCAACCUCAUAAGUUGUCAAAUGGAUGAAAAUUCUCGGUCGAUGAUGAUUUCUUACGUGGAAGUCUUGAACCUGAUUUUGACCUCCAGCGAAAAAUUAGAUCAGAACGAACACAUUCUUAUCGGAGGAUGGAUUGAUCGCUACUUUUUAGAAUGCCCGAAAAUUAUGUUAGGAAAUUUGACUCAGGUUCUUGUAGACGUUUUUCAAAAAUGUGAUCGACUCUCAAGAACAGAAACAAAUCUAGGUGGAGUAAAAUUAAUGUUGGACGCUUUAUGGAGUCACGUAGCUUGUAGAGUUCGUCAACUAGUUUUUGAUCCACAUUUAAUCGGAGAUUAUUAUCAAAAUUUGACAAAACUUGCAUUAGCUUUUACAAUAGAAGCUUUGAAAGAUCCGGGGACUGCAAAAAAGCACAAACAUUCGGCAGCGAGUCUUUUUCAACAUUUUACGUCGAUCAAUGUCAAAGAUGUUAGACUAUUCCGCUCGUAUCUUGUACUUAUUUUAAAUACCGAAAGUGCAGUUCGUGCUUUGAAAGUAGAUGUGAAAAACUUUGACCUUAUAAUCGUUCAGGUUUGGAUUAGAAGUUGUAUUUUAAGUUACACUUUAGAAGGUACUGAACAUAAAUAUUUGACGAGUUAUAUUCAGCGUUUGGAUGACGUCAAGCAAAUUUUUCAAACCCCUUCGGAAAUCCUAAAAUUGCGGGAAUCGAGAGAACCAAUCAUUGAUUUCAUUAUGGCCCUCGCUACUAAGCGAAAUACUUUAAAGACUGAGCAAGAGCGAUUGCAGUUCGACUCAAAGUAUAAAACUUAUUUUAUCAACAUCGACAAGUGGAUUCUCGUUCCAAUAACAGAAGAAAAUAUAGGGUCAGAUCUCACAUUCUGGAUUUACAGAUGCGUUGGCACUCUGAUCAUCUGCUGUUCCCCGAUGAUGUAUAAUCGCAAUCAGCAAAACAAUAUGCUGAGACUUCUGAUCAAUAAAGUGGCUUUGCCAGCAGAAAACUCGCCCAUCGGUUACGUGAAAAACGUAGCGAAGCGAAUUUUCUCGAUGAUUAUCUUGGGAAUCGAAAACUUGAGUGUGAAAUCCGAUAUGAUUCUUCAGGCGUUAAUCAGAGACCUUUUCGAACAAUACUUACCGCUUUUAAUUACACAAUCGAACGCAAAUAAUUUCAAAGUUUCUGAUUCGCUGCUAAAAUGUUUCUCCGAAGUGAAGAUUGAUUUCUGUCGACUUAUUUUCGAAAAAUUGGCUGAUAAUUUUAUCGUUGUGCCUGCCGAAAAUACGACUCACAAACACUGCUUUUUAGUGAUGCUCCUGCUGAAGAAUUUAUUAAAAGGCGGAAGUGCUUAUCCAAAGCACGUGACAGAAUUGAUAGUUUCAAUUUGUUCGUCUAAUGUUAUUGGUUGUUAUAUGAAAGUUCACAGCUUACAUCCUCAUAAGUUGCAAACAAUGGAUUUUCUGCAAGAUGCCCUCGCAAAUUUUCACUACAGGCAAAAUCCUGUGAUAAGUGAGACUCUCCACAACGUAAUGUUGAACAUCGUUCAAAAAUAUCUUUCAACAAGUGUGCAAACGUCCUUUGAAUUUUUAAACUCUCUAGCCAAAAUUGAUCUCAAGUUGGUGAAAUACUUUUUACCGCAAAUUGAACGGAGCGUCGCAGAUUACGAAAGAAACAGAAGACAGAACGCAGGGGCUCUUCGAUACUCACUAAGUCAACUUCAAGAAAAGGUGGACAAAUUGAGCCUAAAGAAUCAAGAUCAAGUAGCACAAUAUUGACUCACAUGAGAUGAAAAAAUUUGCUACCCUUACUUCCGGUGCGAAUGUCGUGAUCGGUGAUGUUUCACAGCAGUCGGCACAGCCGUGGAAGGUGACUGUCAUCCAAUCAAUUCAAAAUGAG